UUGGGUUAGUUAUUUUAAAAAUCUGUAGCGCCAUCUUGCGGCUGUUGAAAUAUAUACUUCCGUUCGUUCAUGCAGAGUUUACAUCCGGAACGAUUGGUCACAACAAUAACAACAACCACCACCAUGGCAGCAGCUGGCGCUGACAUGAAGCCCCUUCAAAAUGCCAUGAAAAUAGCUAAAGUGGCUAUACAAUUGGACGCAGGGAACCGACAUAAGGAGGCUUACUGUGAAUACUUGAGGAGUAUCAACUUCAUCUCCCACUCACUUUUGGAGGAUGCUGUAUCGAGGCAGGGAGAGAUAGUAGCAGUAGAGGUGGAAAAGAUGUUGAGGCUGGCUGAGCAGUGUUUGGAGAGAGCCAAGUCCUCCUUCAUAGGAAGGAGAGAUGAACCUGCAACCCCUACCUCCUACACGACACCUAUCAACUUGGCAGCACUCAGCCUGACCACAGCCUUAGCAGUAAGCCCUGGAAAGAUUGUUUCGCCACAACCACAAGAGCCGGUUAUUUACUCGGGGCCUAAACAUAACCCCAGGCCUGGACAGCGCAGAGUUCUCUCUGAGGGUGGAGGGGAGGUCACCACCUUCCUGCCCCCAGAAGUCUUCCAGAGUUUGCAGAUAGUGGAGUCACAGGAUACCAGGAAGGAGCUUACACCCAUAGAGGAGGCCUCGCGGUUGAACCAGAAGUUGAAAGAAAAUUAUGAAGCUCGUCUGGCCCGACUCCCCCCUGCUCAGGCCCGUACACAGAAGACUUCCCUGACACUCUCUCUUCAGAGGCAGAUGAUGGAGAACCUGAUCAUUGCCAAGGCCAGGCAAGAUGCUCUCCAAAGGAAGAUGGAGGAGAGGAGUCUGCGGCUGCAGGAGGAGGCCAACAGGAGGUUUGCCGCAUCUGGAACAAUUACUGCAGAAGAACAGGAGCAACGUGUUCUGUACACAAAUGUUUUGGAAUAUGAACAAGAUCAUGACUGGCCCAAGCUAUGGAAAGCCAACAUUAAGAAAAAUCCUAAUGAUGCCACAUUGGUUUCCGGGCUUGUUUCAUGUCUUCUCAGCUGUCCUGACCACCCUGUGAUGAUGCUACUGAAAAGGCUCCAGUACAGAGUUUACAACAGGCUCUACCCAAUCGUGAGUAAGAGUCUCCCUGCAAGUCCUGCCCUGCCCAUGAAACCCUCCCACAGCGCUCAGAGCCUGUUGAUGUCAGACUCUCAUCAGAACGUGUCAAAAUCAGAAGUGGGCCACAGUAUGUCCUCCGAUGCCUCUCUCAAUAUCUCCUUCUCCCAUGACCAUAUUGCUAAUGAGGAGGAUAGUGAUGGGCCCCAUACACUGGACAGGGAGAAUUCGUUUGAGGAUCUGGAGCAGUUUCUGACACAGCUGGACUGGGCUCCAUCACAUGGGGACCCUGACGUGACCUUUGAACAGUCACAGUUGGAUCAGGAGGAGUCUCUCGUUCAAGACUUGGAGAUGCGUGAUCUCAAAGAACACCUCAAGGCUAUUGUGAAGGACAUCCAUAUUGCCAUUGAUCAACUGCUGUCGCUAUGUCUGCUCUCCUUUGAGUGUCUGAACACAGCCAGUUCUAAGGACCUGUGUGUGGCCAGCAUAGAAGAAGCCUUCUUCACUCCCCUCUGGAGCUCUUUGUUGGCUCUCUUCAGGAAGGUCCAUAGAGAGAAGGAGCUGUCCUUUGAGUCCAGUAUGAGGCUGUAUCGGGAUGCCUCACCUGGUGAUGUUGGUGUCGCAUCGAAACUGUACCCCCAGGACCCUGUCGUGCUGCAUGGUUCCUACCCCUAUGACUCGGCAGUGCAAGAGCUUCGCUUGCUGUGCAGAGAUUGCUGUCCCCAGAGAAAGCUGGAGUGCAUUGUUCGAACGUUGCGUCUGAUCUGUGCUUGUGCUGAGGACUACUCCUGCCUUCAUGAGGCAGAAUCCAAAACCGCAGCCAUUGGGGCAGAUGACUUGUUGCCCAUCCUCUCCUAUGUGGCUCUGCACUGUGAGCUGCCUCAGUUGGUGUCAGAGUGUGCUGCCCUGGAGGAGUUCAUUCAUGAAGGGUAUCUGAUUGGAGAGGAGGGCUACUGCUUGACCUCCAUGCAAAGUGCUCUGCAAUACGUGGAGUCAUUGCACACUGGAGGAUUUCAGCUGCACAACACUAAAUUCACCUGAUACAGGCUGCUGCUUUGAAAUGGAAACCAAUAUUCCCUGUGUUGCAGUGCUCUGAAGUGGCAGUGCCUGUUAGCUGCAGACUGGACCACGGUUCAACUUAAUUCAGUGUUCUGAGCAAGAAAUGACUUUGGCUGUCAAAUUAAUUUUCUGGACCUAGUUUCCAAGUUCUGUUUCUGUUCACCCAGGUGAUUUGACAAAGCCUGAUUGUUACCUGGACGAGUUGCAAUGUGGAAUUUAUUUGCUUAUGACUGCUAUUGAGGGGCAUUUAGGUCAAGUGCUUGAAGCUUUAUCAUACGUCAACCUGAAGUCUGCAAAAAAAAUGUAUUGCUAUUGCUCAGUUUUAUUGCUUUCAUUUAGGAACUGACCCUGUCAUUUUAUUAAAUUAAUGUCUGAAAGAUGACUAUGUACUACCAUAGAGCAACAUGUCUCUCUUUUGAAACUCAAAAAAAAGCAUGAAUUGAUCAAUUAUUGUGUAGCUGCUUACAGAAUAUUAUAGGAAUAAUUUAUUUUAGUCAGGAUGUCAGGAUUCCAGUUCAAUUUUAAUGCUUGCAUUCAGGAUAUGUUUUAAGGUAAUGCACACAUGUUUCUAAAUAACUAGGUUGGUGUGAGUGAUUGAAACUAUGCUAAGUAUUGUGUUUCCUGAGAAUGUGUGUUCAUGCAAGAAUUUGUGGGGACAAUGCCUCUGAAAAAGUGCAUGCAAAAUUGAGAUAUGGGCCCCCCAACAAAACAUUUUGGGACCAUGAUUAGAACUAAUUUAGUGUCAAAUUAUUUUGUGCAUUUGGGUGGAUGGAGUUCUAGGGGGAUUCUCACAGGGUUAUGGUUAAUCACUCUUUUGGAGUAUCUUAGAGCACAGGGAAAAAUGGCAAUACUUUUUAAUUCAAUUCUGACUUCACUUCUGAAAGUCAUCAGUUAAACUAAUUCACUGUAAUAGUGUGCACGCCAGCAUGCACUUGCAGAUAAAAUGUUAAAGCCACAGGGACUGCAAAGAUAUUAAUUGUUUUGCUACUGUGGUUGAACAUUUUAACAACGAUGUUUUAUACUUACAGAAUAUAUCAUGAACUGGUGUCAGUACAGUAUUAGGUUGAGGUUUAAAGUGGGAUGGAUUUAAGGGAGAGUUUUAGUGUUUAGAGGACAUGCUGAGAGUUGACCAGUCACUCAAAGCACUGCUUCCUCUUCAAUGGUUGCGUUCCAGGCUGACUACAUUGCAGACGCAUCUCACAACGCCAAGAUGGGUGUUUUAAUAUAUCCGCUAACCACAUCGUAUGAUAUUGCAAUCUGAUGCCAAACUGCACAGCUUGACGAAGCGCGCAACCAUUUGUUGAUGCAAUGCCUGUGACAGUCGGCCUGUGUCUCACAGCUAUAUGAAAACACAGAUCACGGACAACUCUUAAUACCUGGUUUAUUGACUCAAUUUAUAAUUUUUAUUCAUACUGUUUUAUGCUGUUUGUUUUCUAUUUAAUACUUUUUAUUUGGUCUGUUAAAGAAAUGAAUGGUUCCAAAAGAUGUAAAAAAUGUUUUUGACAUCCUAAAAUAAUUGUACCACCUGUCAGCAUUGUCUUUUGACACCAUCUGUGAAAACUGUAACACCAAAAAUGUGCUAAUAUGUACUGUGUAUAUUUAUGUGAGAGAAUUAUGUAAAUAAUAAUAUAAUGGGAUGUAAUGAAUGCUGUUGUAUUUCACACAGUACGUGAACCACUACAUUGACUCAACUAAUUCUGACCUGUAUUUGUUUGUUUUUUUUGCUCUUGAAGCCUUAUGAACAUGUAUGUUGGUUAGAGACUCAGAUUCAAUAUGCUAUUUUAUUGGAGAAACCCCCCAUAGACAUUCAUCUGUGUGGAGGGUCUUAGUCUGGGUGGUUGUUAUGAAUAUCUAUGUGUGUGUUGUCCUGGAGGUUUAUAACAAUAAAGAAGUUGAGGAAAAAGUGUC